CAAUGUGGGCUGAUAGAAGUGCAAGAAAAAUGUCCAGUGAUACAUGCACUGUAGAAUGAAGAUUUCAAAGAACAACCCAAAGUACCACAAUAUGUCUUACCGGCUAUCUAAUGGAUAUGUCAGUCUGCCCUCCCGGUAUGGCCUUGGUGACAGCUAUCAACCCCAUGUGGAUGGAGGCAGGAGGUCUCCACGCUGGAACUCCAAAGACUUUGGCAGUAAUAGACAUGGAUUGGAAUCACCAAGGCUGUAUGCUCUCUCUGAGCUGGAGAAAAAUAUUGAGGCUACUGGACACUUUGAAUCAGAUAUCUGGAUGGGGAACAGCAGAGAUUACACCCGCCGCCCUCCCAGUCCACGGCAAACAGACAGAGCUAGAUCUGUGAGUCCUCUCCGAGGGAUCCAUACUCUAGAGUGCUAUAGUAAACCUCCAGUUAGUUCAGAGUAUACCAGGAAUAUAUCCAGCCCAUCACUGUCAAGGAGAAGUUCUCUUUCUCGUCUCUCCUCCUGGUCCCCUGAGGAGGCUGGCAUGGAGCCACCAUUGAGCCGCAAGGGCUGGAGUGGAUCAGAAAUUGACCUCAGAGCAUCUCUGUCAGAAAGUGCCCAGAAGCGUUCAGAUCUUGUUCAACAUCUAAGAGAGGCUCAAUCAAAACUGGAGGAGCAAUCAGAAGAGCUCAAAAAACGCGACAAGGAGUUAGAAAUGAGCAGAGCCAAAACCGAUCUGCUGGCUGUAAAGCAAAAACAAUUAGAGUCCUCAUUAUCCCAGUUAGAGAAGGAGAAAGGCUGGCUGGAAGUGUCCCGUUUUGAGGACAAGAAACAACGAGGAGAACUACAAGACAGGAUUAUAAAUCUGGAGAUGGAAGUGAUGUUGGCCAAAUCUAGUUUGGAGAAUUUUAACUACACAAAUGAAUUCAUGAACCAGAAAAUAUCUAUGAGUAAUGAUGAAAUGAAUCGGGAACUGAAGACAGCCAGAGAAAAUCUUGUAUAUUUUCGAAAUCGCGUGAAAAUUCUUGAGGCAGAAAGGAACCAUGCUGUGGAGGAGCUCAGGAAAUUACGAGAGGGUAGUCAGCUGGCUCUUAGUCAAACAAAUGAAGCAAACCAGAGAACAACGGAUACACUCCGAACUCAUCAAAACCUUCAGGACGAGCUUGCUAACCUGCAGCUAAACUUUAACAACAUUAAUCUGGAGAAAGAACUUCUGUCCUCCAAAGUCUUACGAGUGGACGAGAAAGUUUUAGAUCUUACUUUAAGACUGAAAGUUGCUCAAACCGACAGAGAUCGAUUUUUGAAGGAAAAGCUUGAGCUGAAUCGACGCACACAGGAACUAUCUCUUGAACUGGAGAGGGCCCAGAAAGGACGGGAAGGGUUUAAUGACCAGGUCAGUGACCUCCAUAUUGAACUAGUUGGGGCCAAAGCACAAGCAAAUCGACAAGACCAAGAGAAGGUGCAAAUGAAAGAAGAAUUGGUGAUGCUGAAGCAAGUGAAUGAGAAGUUAACAACAGAGUUGGGUCAAAUACAGCAGAGUCUUCAGAAUACAUUAGAAGAGCUUCACCAGACCCAAGCAGAGCAUAAGAUCUCCAGCAACCUUGCAUCUGCACUUGAGGCUGAACGAAAGCAACUCUUAGAGGAGAAGCAAACAUUGAUGGCUGUCAUGGAGAAUGAUGAGGAUAGCCAGAGCCUCCAGGAACUCAGAGCUUCCCAUAGCCAGCUACAAGAAGAAAGAGACAAGCUACAAGUCCGUUGCCAUGACCUAGAAGUGACUUUAGACCAAGCACAUGAACAAUUGGGUUCCCAAAUCCAGGAGCAGCAGCAAAUUACAUUGUAUUGGAAGGAAAGAUGGCAACAGACAGCUGUCAGCUUGAAGAAUACAGAGGAACUGCUAGAGCAAGAGAGAGCUCAGUGUCAGAAAGCUUCUGAUAAGAACACAGAGUUACUACAGGACUGUGAAAUGCUACAAACAGAAAAUGAGGAGCUCUGCGAACUCAGAUCAACUAUAAGCAGAUUAAAAGAUGAAAAUAACCAGUUAACAAAGAAAGUAAAAGAACUGGAGCAAAGCAAUCACCUAGAACAUCUCCACAGAUCGCUGAAAGAGAGUACAGAAGAAGAGACUGAUCAAAUGAACGAGUUAUACAGAGAGCUACAGAAAUCUCAUGACAAAGUAAAGGAGCUGGAAACUGAGCGAUCAGACCUGGAAUUAGAGAUGAGAAAGCUGAAGACUGAAAAUGGAUCUGUCCUGCGCAUUGAGUUGGAUGCACGCCGACAGCAGCUAGAAUUGGAGAAAAGCCGUCGGGAGAUGCUACAGUGCAGGGUAGGAGAACUGGAAUCUAAACUUGCAGAAGAGAGAAGAAGCCAGGAUUGUCAUGGUGAUGUGGAAGUCCAGAGCUCUGUGAGCCAAUCGCAAAGGUCUGAAAUUUACAGUUUAGAGCAGCAGCUGGAAAAAGAAAAAGAAGCAAAGAAGCAGAAGGAUGAACUUAUAUUUACUUUAAAGGAGGAACUGGAAGAGUUAAAACGUAAGAAAUCUGGAUAUAUAAAGGCCUCCUUGGAGGAAGUGGACUCUGAAUUAAUGCUAGUUCGGGAGGAACUACAAAAGGUCUGGGACAUGUUGAAGACAAAAGACACAGAACUAGAAGAACAAUAUCAUGAACUGGAGUCUGCUCGGGACCAGUACACAGAAUGCAGUACAGAGAAAGUGCGACUGGAGAAACUGGUCAUGUCUCUACAGAAACAGAUGGAAGAGAAGGACCAUGCAAUGAAGUAUCUCCAGCAGAUUAGGGAGAUGGAGAAGACCGAGAUGAACAUUGAAAAGUCCUCCCUGCAGUUGAAGCUCGCAGAAAUGCAAGAGCAAAAUGGAAAAGUCUCUUCAUUUAAUACUGAUAAGGAUUCCCACACUGAACUGAAGAGUUGGAGUCCAGCAGGAUCCCAAAAUGAAGCAAGUACACAUAAUUGUCCUCGCUGUGAAGUCUUCCUGCAGCAACUAGACAAUGCAAUUAAAGGAUGCCAAUCACGUGAUGUGGAAUUACAGGAGCAAAAGAACCAAACUUUGGCUUCUCUUUACCAGCUGAAAGAUAUUCUAAAGAGCCUCUCGAAGCAGACUAAAGUCAAUGAACAGGUGGCACAGGCUCUGCAGACGGACAAUGAGACCCUUAAAAAUCAACACAAACUUGUAACAGAACAGCUCAAGGUUUUGUUUAAAGAAAAACAAAACUUGGCAAAUGCCUACAAGAAAUUUCCCCAGGACGAGAAGCCAGCAGAUGACUGGACAGAGAAAUCCAGAUUAGUUAAGAAUGUGUUGAGAUCCGUCAAAGCCAAGCAGGAGAUAUCAAAUGACAAUGGAGAUCUUCAGGAAGAUCAGCAAGACCCAUCAAGAGAAAUGGUUGAAAAAGACAUCAGCAAACUGCAAAGGCAGCUUGAAGAAAAAACUGAAAAAAUAUCCACAAUGGCUUCAGAAAUCAAAAUGUUGAAAGAAAAAAAUGAAUCUCUAAUGAAAGCUAAGCUACGUUUCCAGCAGCAGGUCCAACAGAUAAGAAGCAUCUCCCAACCUGGUCGUGAUAAAGAACCUGCAGACCCUACCGUGCCCCGUUUAUCUGGAGGCUCCAGAAAUCUUUAUGAAGCUGAGUCAGGCAGCCAUGGAUCAUUAACACCAGUAACUGGAGCUCAAACUCCAGAAGGGUUCUGGACAGACUCUGCUCAAAGCUCCAGAUCUCCAACACCUAUAAAUACCAACGCUACACAUUCUCCUGUGAGGCUUAAUAUUACUGGAGCAAUAAGCAAGAACUGGAGGAGUUACACAGAGGGAUCUCCACUAAGUCCAAGAAGCCAUGGUGAGAUUGAGGGAUCAAGCGAUGGACAGGGAGCCUUCACACCUAGGGCUUCAGCACUUCUUUCCCCUAGACCGUAUCAGCCUCGGAAAACAACGUAAGAAGACACAUUUGGAGGGAGAUGAUGACAUAAUUAGAAUAAGACAUGAAUGAUUUUCUAAUGCAAACAUGUUGACCUACAUAAAUAAUGCAGUUUUAUUUCCUUAAUUAUAAUUAAUUUGUAUGGACUUCCUGAUACUCUCCUGACAGCAGGUAUUAGGGGAAAUAAUGAUUCCGCUUUCCCCAUUUAAAUAAACAUGUAUACCUUGCCUGCAGUAAUUUACCAUCACAAAAAUGGUGUCUUUGCCAUUAAAUAUGUGCUAAAGGGGUUAUCCCAUCAUAAGGGCUUCUUCAUAUAUAUCCGGCAAUAGUGUACUAGUCCAUCCUCCAUACUCUGACAAGAUUGAACAUAAAUUAAUGAAACAGUUUUCUGUAUGAUGCUAUUUUACAUCUGUCCUCAAAACUGAUGCGCCAAAGUGCAUCCAGCUCCAGCAAAAUAAAAAAAAUAAAAA